GAUUUUGCAGCAUUUUUUUGGCGGGCUUUUCUCGGAAUUCUACAUAAGUAGAAGCUCAUAGUAGGGAUCAUUCUCUCUCAACUUCCUUCAAUAAGCUCCGAUGGAAACGCACGCGGACGACGAGAUUGUUCCCAUGGAGACAGAUGGUGAAGAAGAAUUUCCUCGUAAAGAACCUCCCAAAAUCCUCCGCCUCCACGAGUCCGUCGUCAAUCGAAUUGCUGCCGGAGAGGUCAUUCAAAGGCCUGUGUCCGCCAUUAAAGAACUCGUCGAGAACAGCCUUGACGCCCAAUCCACCUCCAUCAACGUAGUUGUCAAGGACGGCGGCCUCAAACUCAUCCAAGUUUCCGACGACGGCCAUGGCAUCCGUUUUGAAGACUUGCCGAUUUUGUGCGAGAGACACACGACGUCCAAGUUGUCCAAAUUCGAGGAUUUGCAGUCCAUAAAGUCGAUGGGAUUUCGAGGAGAGGCGCUGGCGAGCAUGACUUACGUAGGUCAUGUUACAGUCACCACCAUUACCAAAGGACAACUAUACGGUUACAGAGUAUCCUAUAGAGAUGGAGUGAUGGAGCAUGAGCCCAAGCCAUGUGCUGCUGUAAAAGGAACUCAAAUAACGGUUGAGAAUCUGUUCUAUAACAUGACUGCUAGAAGGAAGACACUACAAAAUUCGUCUGAUGAUUAUACAAAGAUUGUGGAUCUUCUUAGUCGUUUUGCCAUUCAUCAUACAAACACCAGCUUUUCUUGCAGAAAGCAUGGAGCUGCCAGAGCAGAUGUUCACUCGGUUGUGUCAAGUUCAAGGCUGGAUGCCAUUCGUACAGUUUAUGGUGCAUCAGUUGCUCGCAAUCUUAUGAAAAUAGAAGUUUCAGGAAACGAUGAAGUCUGUUCAGAUUUCAAGAUGGAUGGUCUAAUCUCCAACUCAAAUUAUGUUGCAAAGAAGAUCACAAUGGUGCUUUUUAUCAAUGGUAGAAUGGUAGAAUGUAGUUCUUUAAAGAGAGCUGUUGAAAUUGUUUAUGCUGCAACCUUGCCCAAAGCAUCCAAACCUUUUGUAUAUAUGUCAAUUAUAUUGCCACCUGAGCAUGUUGAUGUGAAUGUUCAUCCAACCAAAAAAGAGGUUACCCUUCUGAAUCAGGAAGUUAUUAUUGAGAGGAUACAGUCAGCGGUUGAAUCAAAAUUGAGAAGUUCUAAUGACACAAGAACAUUUCAAGAACAGGAUGUAGAAUCUUCUGCAGCUUAUCAAAUGGUUAUGAGCAAUGACUAUAAUCAGAAUUCCUCACAAUCUGGGUCAAAAUCACAAAAAGUUCCAGUGCAUAAAAUGGUUAGGACAGAUUCAACAGAUCCAGCUGGAAGGUUGCAUGCAUACGUGCAAAUGAAGCCUCCUGGCCUCCCUGAAUCUAGCUUGACUGCUGUGAGGUCUUUUGUUAGACGGAGAAGGAAUCCAAAGGAAGUUGCUAAUCUUACUAGCAUUCAAGAUCUUGUUACAGAAAUUGAUAAGAAUUGUCAUGCUGGCCUCCUUAACAUUGUAAGACAUUGCAUAUAUGUUGGAAUGGCAGAUGAUGUCUUCGCAUUGCUUCAGCAUGAUACUCAUCUCUAUCUUGCUAAUGUUGUGAACUUGAGCAAAGAACUCAUGUACCAGCAAGUUUUACAUCGAUUUGCGCAUUUUAACGCAAUACAAUUGAGCAACCCAGCCCCUCUGUCCGAGUUAAUUAUUUUGGCACUGAAGGAGGAAGAUGUGAAUCCAGUGUGCAAUGAGAAUGAUGGUUUUAAAGAGAAGGUAGCUGAGAUGGGCUCAAAACUACUCAAGCAGAAGGCUGAAAUGCUGGAGGAAUUUUUCUGCAUACAUAUUGACAAAAAUGGGAAUUUGGCUAGACUUCCGCUCGUACUUGACCAAUACACACCUGAUAUGGACCGUGUUCCUGAAUUUAUAGUUUCCUUGGCUAAUGAUAUUGAUUGGGAAGAUGAGAAAAAUUGUCUCCAGUCGGUUUCAGCUGCCAUUGGGAAUUUCUAUGCUAUGCAUCCUCCAUUGCUACCCAAUCCAUCAGGUGAUGGCUUGCAGUUCUACAAACGGAUAAAAUCAUCCGGGAAACCUGAAGAUGAAGAUAUAGGUGAUGGUGAGGUGGUAAUGGAGAAUGAAAUCGAGCAUGGGCUACUAUCGGAGGCCGAAACCAUGUGGGCUCAACGUGAGUGGUCAAUACAGCAUGUUCUCUUCCCAUCAAUGAAACUGUUCUUCAAGCCUCCAAAUUCUCUGGCCGAAAAUGGAACACUCGUUCGGGUUGCAUCAUUGGAGAAACUUUACAAGAUUUUUGAGAGAUGUUGAGGGAUCAGUUCCAUUAAUCUGAGGCUUUUUCAUUGUGUAGUGGCCACUUUUGCAUCUUUAUUAACAGCCUAAUAUGUUCUUCCCUUCCCAUUGUCUAUCAAAUGUAAAUCUUUGUCUUGCCCUUAUAUCAUCCCAUUUUGUUCAUCUUUUUUAUUGGGGUUAUAAUUUUGGGUGAUUCGAAAUCCAAAUUCCAUUUAGUUUCACUAAUUGUAAUGGAUUUGUUUGAAAA